AUGGCGGACGACACGACAGAAAAGACCGACAAGGUCGACCAUGAGGUCCCUCGUUCUACGGCCGUUGUUGAGAAGGGAGAGGUUGUCGAAAUCGAUGCCGAUGACGCUCUUAACGCCGUUGCCGGCCUUGAUGCCGCCACUUUGCAGCUUGAUGAGGAGACCGAGCGACGUUUAUUGCGCAAGAUCGAUAUGAAUCUUAUGCCUCUAAUGUGUAUUAUUUACGGCCUCAAUUACCUUGACAAAACGACGUUAUCAUAUGCUAGUAUCAUGGGCUUAAAAACCGACCUCAAACUUGUUGGCGACAACUACCAGUGGCUAUCGAGCUUAUUUUAUUUCGGAUACCUUGGCUGGGAAUUUCCAACAAAUCGCCUCCUACAACGAUUACCGCUCGCGAAAUAUUCCGCCUUCAACAUCAUCAUGUGGGGACUUGUCCUUGCUUUGUUUGCUACUACUGAGAACUUUGGAGGAGCUGUGGUUAUUCGUCUCUUUCUAGGAGUUUUUGAAGCUGCUGUCACUCCUGGAUUCACUUUAUUUGUAUCGCAGUGGUAUACAAAGAAAGAGCAAGGAUUUAGAACCAGUAUAUGGUUCAGCUUCAAUGGCUUUGCUCAAAUUUUUGGCGGCUUGGUAGCAUAUGGCUUCGCUCGCGGUGCCGACAUCCACGGAUUUUCGAUUGCACCCUGGAAAGCGAUUUUUAUCUUUACUGGAGUAUUAACGAGCACCAUGGGAAUAAUCUUCUUUUUCGUCAUGCCCGAUAAUCAGCUGAACGCGAGAUUUCUUACCAAAGAAGAGCGUGUGUUGGCUGUCCACCGGAUCAAAGUCAACGAACAGGGUAUCGGAAAUAAGCACUUUAAAUGGUACCAGGUCAAGGAGGCUUUAACAGACCCUAUCGUGUGGGGCUUCGUGUUGUACGCAUUGCUUUCUGAUAUUCCUAAUGGUGGAAUUUCCAACUUCUUCAGCCAACUCAUUGUCUCGUUUGGCUACACUCCCGAGCAGAGCUUGCUCUAUGGCACUCCUGGUGGAGCAGUCGAAGUCGUCACGCUGCUCCUUUGCGGAUUUCUGGGAGAUAGACUUGGGAGCCGCCUCUUGGUGUCUAUAGCUGCCCUCGUACUGUCCAUGGUCGGCAUGAUCAUGAUUAUUGCAAUCCCGUUGGACCGGCCUGCUGGCAGACUGGCUGGUUACUAUCUCACUCAGGCAGAUGCUGCUCCUUUCGUCGCAAUUUUGUCCUUGAUAUCUACAAACGUCGCGGGAUGGACUAAGAAGACGACGGUAGCAGCAAUGUAUCUGGUAGCUUACUGCGUUGGGAAUAUUAUCGGACCCCAGACUUUCCGACCGAAAGAUGCUCCCGAAUACCGACCAGGCGAAAUCACCAUCUUGGUUUGCUGGGCACUGUGUAUCGUAGACCUUGUCUUCAUCUGGGCAUAUUACCGCCGACAAAACGCCAAGAAGCGCCUCGUUCGGGCAGAUCCGUCUUACACCAGAAUUGAGAAUCAAGAAUUCCUUGAUUUGACGGAUAAGGAAAAUGCUGAAUUUAGCUACUCGCUAUAG